AUUCCCGUUAAAAUCCCUUCACAACCCUUUCAUCUCUAGGGCAAACUUCCCUAAGUCUUCUCUGUCUCUCUCCCCCUUACGAAUCUUCAGAACCGGUAAUUCGUAUCUCCGCCGAUCGCCGCCUCAAUGCCUCAGGUUGAUAAUAGAAACUCUUCGGCUGCGAAGCGUGCUAGAACGGAUGGUAGUCGCAGGGAAGAUGACUGGACAUGUCCUAGUUGUGGGAAUGUGAAUUUUUCAUUUAGGACUACUUGCAAUAUGCGCAAUUGCACUCAACCCAGGCCAGCUGAUCAUAAUUCAAAAUCUGCUGCUAAACCUCUACAGCCCCCGCCAAAUUACUCGUCACCUUCUCCGUAUGUAGGUCCUGGUGCACCAUCUUCAAUGUAUCUGGGUGUACCACCUUAUGGGUCUUCUCUCUUCAAUGGUUCCUCUAUUCCUCCAUAUGAUGUUCCAUUUUCUGGAGGAUCAGCGUAUCCUUAUGGUAGUCGCCUUCCUGGUGCCAGUCCCUUUCAGCCACUUCAUAUGUCUGGGCCACCCCCUUAUUCUGGUGGCUCUAUGAUUGGAAAUGGUGGGAUGUAUGGCAUGCCUCCUUUGAUGGACCAUUAUGGCUUGGGCUUGCCCAUGGGCCCUCCUCCAAUGAGACCAAGGGCAGGAUUUUUUCCAGAUGAUAAAUCACAGAAAAAGGGUGCUGAUGCUACACGUGAUAAUGAUUGGGCAUGCCCCAAAUGUGGGAAUGUUAACUUCUCUUUCAGAACUGUCUGUAACAUGCGAAAAUGCAACACACCGAAGCCUGGACCUCAGGCUGCAAAAUCGAAUAAAAAUUCAAAACAAAAGAUGCCUGAGGGAAGCUGGAAAUGUGAGAAAUGUAACAAUAUUAACUAUCCGUUUAGGACAAAGUGCAACAGACAAAAUUGUGGAGCAGAAAAACUGACCGAGUCAAAGAAGUCCCCCUCACCAACAGCAAAUGAAAAUGAUCAGUGAGUUGUAGGACAUGUUUGAGGGUUGAGAAGGUCCAGAGUUGUCGUCAAGCAUUGCUCAGUAUGGGUGUCUGAAAGUCGGUCUUGUCGUCCUCAUGUUGCAGCCGUUGUCAAGUUACUCUACCUUCUCAUGAUCAGUGUCCAGUUGUAUUAAUGCUAUGGUAUUUCUGGUCGUAAUGGAUCAUAGAUGCAUCAUUAUGUGUCAGCCAUCUAAUCUGGAAAGUAUGUUACAGGUUGAUGCUGGUUUUUAUCUUUGAGUUAGGUUUUGUACUUUGGAACCAACUCAUGUAUUCCAAUGACAAUGUUACUAAGGACUUGUUAGAUAUGUUUCUACACUUGCUAUUGGGGAAAGUAUUGCAGGCUGCACAUUUCCGGUUUUUCAUUCAAUUUUUCUACUUGUCCGUGUUGAAGUACCAUUGUUUUAACAGAGCUUCUGUAAGAAAUAACAAGUACUCGUCUUUGAAUUUUUAACUA